GGAGGGAGGGAGGGCCGGCGGCGGCUGAAAGAGGAGGAGAAAGCUAACAGAAACCAAAGAUGACUGUGUGAACAACAUGGAUCCGGCCAAGCCCAGCUCUUCCUUAAAGGCUCUGAACUCUGGAUCAGGACACGAGGUUCUGAUGGACGAGCUCAGAGACCCGCUGGAUCCAGACAGACCGAAGGACGCCGAGUCCAGAGAGACAGACGCUGUAGACGGAACCACGGCUGCAGAAACCAACCAGAACCACCGGGGGUCAGUAGACCGACUCAAGUUCCAGACGCUGGGAUACCAGCGGAGAACCAAGCAGAAGGUGGUGACGGACUUUGCCUCGGUGAGUAAAGGAUCUUCAGGAGGAACCAAACCCAGAGCGGCGCUGAGGCAGGUUCUGUUCAGUCAGGGAGCCAAUGAGAAGCCUUCUGAGGAUCGAGGACAGCUGGACGUGUUGAAGCAGGAGCUGGAGGCCUUCGCUGUUCCCGUCAGCCUCAGGUGGACGUGGCAGGAGGAGAACCAAGGAACCUCUCUGGAGAAGAACUGGACCGAGCUAGUCCGGUCUCACGCUACCAUGUCCAGGAUGCAGAGACACCAGCAGGAGGCGCUGUGGGAGCUGAUCCACACCGAGCUGAGCUACAUCAACAAGCUGAUCAUCAUCAGAGACCUGGUCAUCGCUGCUCUGGAGAACCUGCAGCUCAAAGGGUUCCUCCUGGAGGUGACCCCCCAGCUGCUGUUCUCCAACCUGCCCUCCAUCAUCAGAGCUCAUCAGCUGUUCUGGCAGCAGAUCAUCUUCCCAAUGCUGCAGGAGGUCCGGAGGUCCGGAGAACCGUUCGACCCGCUGAGGCUGGAGGCCGGCUGCCUGCAGUUCCACGAGCGCUUCUCGUGCUAUCAGCUCUACUGCUGGGAGGAAGAGAACAACCUGGAGUUCAGCCGCCGGCAGACCGAGAGCAACGCCCACUUCCUCACCUACGUCCAGUGGGUAGAGACUCACCCCCAGUGUGAGCGGAUGCGACUCGGGGACAUGCAGGCUAAACCCCACCAGAGGAUCACCAAGUACCCGCUGCUGCUGAAGGCCGUGCUGAAGAACAGCCAGGACCCCCACAUACAGGACUCAGUCGGAGGCAUGCUGACCAGUGUGAACAGCUUCCUGGAGAGCAUCAACGACUACCUUCGGCUGAAGGAUGAGGAACUUGCUCUGUCCAUCUCAGCCCAGAGGGUCGAAGGCUACGAGGUGGAAGGAAUCAGCGAGGAGAUCGACAAGCACGUCAGAGAACUCUGCAGGUUCGACCUCACCUGUCCGAUCAGAGGAACGGGACCUGAUGUGGUCCGGAAGCUGCUGCUGGAGGAGAACCUGAAGGUCCGAGGCAGGAAAGACAGUAAGGUGGAGGUCGUGGCUCUACUGUUCUCUGAUGUUCUUCUACUGACCAAAGUGCAGAAGAAAGGGGAACGUCUGAAGAUGGUCCGACCUCCGGUGGCCCUCGACAGAACCAACUGCAUCGCUCUAAAAGACGGCUAUUCUUUUGUUCUGGUGGAGGUUGGAGAGCUCCAGAGUGCCAUGAACGUCCUCAUCUUGGUCUCCAGUACCUCAGACAGCUGCUCCACCUGGGUCUCCACCAUCCACCAGGCCAAGGUAACUCUGAGGAACCUAAGGCAGAAGGAGAACAACAGGCUGGAGAAUCUGAAAAUACACCAACCAGAGUCCAAACCGGUUGCAGAUCUGAAGAUAGAUGACAUGGAGACAGAAGGAGAAGAAGAACCUGUCAGACAUCCAUCAGGAACGUUUGUGAAGAAGGUUACUGAUGAAGAAUUGAUCACUCCAUCAAUAAACGGGUCGAUAGAGGCAGAACCUCCAGACGAGGUUCCCUCUAAAGACACCGGACCACCGUUCUGGCGCUCCCAGUACAGCAACAGUCUCCGCAAAACACCACAGUACCGCAUUUCGGGUCGACAGGCGGCCUUCAGACCGUAUGAGUGGAUAGAGAUGGGAGUGAGACAAGAGCUGUGGAACCAACAGGCGGACGAAGGAAAAGUGGUCGAAUCUCAGAUAACAAAUCAGCCAAACGUUACCUGGAACUACCGAGUCCGAUCUGCACCGAACCUGAACCAUUUCACCCACAGAACCACUGGACAUCCAGUGCAAUACAACACAACUGGAACAUACCAGCUGAUGGUCGGAGCUCUUCCAGAUGUGGACUACCCAACAGAUGAAAACACUUUACAGUUUCAUCACCAGCCGGCAGCGUCCAGGGAGACGAAUCCUGGAUCAUCAUCCAGGAGAUCCUCAGAUCCUGUCCCUGGGAAUCAAGACUCCAGGAGGAACUCCACCUGCAGCCAAUCUGGAGAUGUGGAAAUACCUCCAGAUCCCUGGAGCUUCUCCAAGAACCUUCGGUCUCCAGGGUUACGGAGGAGAAGACCGGUCAACACCAGUCAUGGUCCAUCAGCUCAGACGUCCAAUCGGUCCGUCCAGAGACAGACUUGGACCUCCUCCAACAGCUACCCGUCCUCCAACUCAGACUCAGACUCCAACCUGAGCAUGAAGAGGAACUCGUUGCCCUCCAGCAGCUCAGAAACACACCGGGUUCUGAAGCUGGGCUCCCUGAAGCCCAACCAGGGGAUGUUCUGGAACAUGACCGACAGAACCUCUGCAGAUCUACACAUCAACUCUGAACCGGAGCUGCCAGAUCUGAAACACCAGACCAAGAGGCCCAAAAUGAAGACCCAGAGGAGCGCCUCCAUCCCCAACAUCAUCAUAGAAAGAGGACUCCGACAGCCCUCCGGCAGCCUGUUUGCUCCUCAGCAUCCAGAGGAAACACCUUCUACUCCUGGAUAUGACCGCAGCAAGCAGCCCUCACCUCUGGAGGGGCUUCUGGAGAGAGCCAGGGACAGGGACCGGGGGGCAAUAAGGAGGGACAGAAACGUCAAGAUGGCCUAUCCCAGGUCCAGGUAUCCUCCUCCCUCACCUUCCUUCUCCACCACACCUUCUCCUCCGCCCAGCGAAGGAGACCGAGACACCGAGUGGGAGGAGGUGGAGCUUCAGAGACACCGACCUUUAACCGUCAGCAAAGGAUGGAAAGAACAGCUGGUGGACGGAGACGAAGACGACAAGAGGAACAGCGUGGUGUUUGCAGCCGGCACCAGCGUCGACUGGCCUGGCUGGAGCUUCGACGACGACGAGGUCAUGGCUUAUCUUCGCCACGGAGGCGAAGGUCUUAUGGAGGGAAUCAACCGAUCUCUGGGGCUGUGGAGACUGGAGGAACCUUCGGAGGACGGAGAGUGCUGUCAGGUGUAGAAAGCUCAAACUGGCCGACGGACUGCAGCUUCCACACAACAAACUGAACAUAAAUCUGUAAUUUAUGUAAAAAUAAUGUUGUAUUUUUCUAAAUGAGUGUAUUGUAUUUAUAUGUGAGAUGAAGCCCAGCGGGGUUCAGACUGUAAAUAACAAAUUAAACCAGAUUUAUUUCUGUUCAACGCA